GGCGUGUCGCGUAGUCGCAUGAAUGUUAUCAGCUGGUGAACUUGUAAACAUUGCCUCGGAUAAACAAAAGUAUACGGCGACUUUGUUUCUUAGCUUUGCACCACGAUAAUGCGGCUUUUUGGCAACGUUUUGAAGUGUUUAGGUAAAAGAUCGUUGGUUUAUUCGUGUCGGCAGCUCUGUAAUGCUAACAGACAGCUAGCUCUGGGGGAGGACACAAUCCUGAUCGUGGGAUCGAACCCGCAACUUCUGCAGCGGCUCGGCUCACAGGUGGAGGUAAGACCAGGUUUCAUCACGAAGGAAGAGGAGGCUGCUCUGCUGAAGGAGCUCGAGCCAGGACUGAAGAGAAAACGCUAUGAGUUUGACCACUGGGACAAUGCUAUCCACGGUUACAGGGAGACGGAGCGUCUGACGUGGGGACCUGCCUGUGCUGAGAUCCUGACCAGAGUCCGGUCUUUGGCCUUCCCCCCAGGCAGUCCGCUCCUGGGACCGGUCCAUGUCCUGGAUCUGGACCAGAAAGGAUACAUCAAACCACACAUCGACAGUGUCAAGUUCUGUGGCAGCACCAUCGCUGGCCUGAACCUGCUGUCUGCCAGUGUCAUGCGUUUAGUAAAGCAGGACUCCCCACAUGAAUGGCUGGACCUUCUCUUACCUCGAUACUCGCUCUAUAUUAUGAGAGAUGAAGCCAGAUAUGAGUUCACCCACGAGAUUCUGAAGGACGAGGAGUCGGUGUUCAACGGGCAGCGGGUGCCACGGCAACGGAGGAUCUCAGUUAUAUGUCGGAACCUGCCCAGCUGAUGAGACCAACGAAGUAAUAAUAAAGGCUAGAGAGAGAUCGUCGCCAUGGGAACCUGUAGUAACCAAAAUCAAGUUCCAGCAGCCAUGUUGUGACUGUAAAACUCUGCACGCAUACAAACUACAAGUAUAGAUCUCUCAAGCCUUUAUUUAUACCUCACUGGAACCAAAAUGAACUUUUACAGCAGACAAAAUCAUAAAGAAUCAUAUUUCACAGCUUUUUCUGAGGUGAUAAAUAUUCUUUCAACACACAUGAAAGAUACAGCAAUAGUAAAUAGGGUUAAAUUAAGUUCACCCCAAAACUUAAAGGAAAACUGUGUAACUUUUCUGGUGGAUAUUACAUGGAGAUAUUACUAUUUUGGCUUCAUUAUUACAAGCAAUGGAAAUAAAUCACAAUGGAGAACGGUUAAAGUUCAGAUCUAUGGAGAGGUAAGCCUGCAUAUGGUAAAAAAUCAUGUUUUUUAAGGUAUUUAUGAGCAAUAAAACACCUGUAAAUGAAUAAAUGUCAUACUAUGGAACAUUCUAGCCAAAGAAAUAACAUAUCCAUAGCAGACACUCCAUCUCUGAAGUUACAUAGUUUACCUUUAAUAUAAUGCAAUUUUUUUGUUUUUGCCAUAUUUCUGACUGAAUUUAAUGUGUAAAUAUAAUAUAUAAAAUAAAAUAAUUAUAUUGUUUAACAUGUUCUAGUCAUAAUUGUGGCAUAUUUUUACAAUUUUUGAAAGAAUGAUAAACAAAAAAUAAAUAAAAUAGAACUAUCGCUUGGA